AUGUACGAUAAACCUGGUCAAUUUCAGUAUUUGUCACCACCUAAUCAUCAGGAAUCCUCACAUCAACCAUAUUCCUACCCACAACAACAACAACAGCAGCAACAACAAAAAGAUUUUGCUCCUGUACAAGGUGGCAGAAGCAACCCUAACUAUCUACCUUCGCUUUCUCAUCAUAAUAUCCCACCAUACCAUCACCAAAUGGAGCCAUCUCAUUUACCACAAGCUGUAUAUCCCUAUGAAUAUCAGCAGCAGCAGCAACAACAGCAAGAACCUUUUUAUGGAGCGCACAACCAACAACAGACCACUACAAACCAAUACUCUUCAUACACAAACAAUUCACCAAAUAUGCCAUCUACAGCCAUCCCAAAUGUCAAUGGUGGUAACAAUAAUAGUAACCCAGCUAACAGACGUGGUCCAUGGUCCCCAAUGGAAGAUAAAAAAUUACUUGAACUUAUAUCAAUGUAUGGCGCAACAAAUUGGGUAAGAAUAGCCAAUACUUUGGAAACUCGUACCCCAAAGCAAUGUCGAGAGAGAUAUCAUCAGAAUUUAAAACCUAGUUUGAACAGAGCCCCAAUUACAGUUGAAGAAGGUGAAUUAAUUGAGAAAUUGGUGGCUCAGUAUGGGAAAAAAUGGGCAGAGAUCUCACGUCAUUUGAAUGGAAGGUCAGAUAAUGCCAUUAAAAACUGGUGGAAUGGUGGGGCUAAUAGAAGGAGAAGAGCUAGUUUGGCGACAUCUACCAGCACCAACAGCAACAGCAGUAGCAGCAACAAUAAUAAUAACGGCAAUGAUGCUAAAGCUUAUGAGUAUAAUCUGCAACAGCAGCAUCAACAACAGCAACAACAGCAACAGCAGCAUCAACAACAGCAACAACAGCAACAUGAACAACAACCCCAGCAGUCGCAACAAUACCAGCAUCUGCAAGCAGAGAUUGGAGGUGAUGCGAAACCAAAGACAGCAUCGUCCUUACCACCACCUCCACAACCUCACUUUACAGCUCCUCCUAUGGGGGUAUCCUCAAGCUUAUCCAGUAUAAAUGGGGUCCCAACAUCCUCAUACCAAGCAAGUAAAUUGCUUGGAACAAUGACUGCCACUACCGCUGCCGCUAUAGGUACCACACAUUUACCUCAAAUCUCAUUCAAUACAUCAAUGUUUGGGGGUGAUAAGCAGAGUGAUCAUCAGUCAUUACCUAGUAUAAAUUCGUUUGCGAAUGGCAAAUCACCCAUACUACCAUCUUUAUUAAAACAUCAUGAUACUAGAUCUGCUAGUUUCGAUACGGGAUCAACUGCUGCUACUGCUGCAUUACCAUUUACAACUACUACUUUACCGCCAAUUUCGCAGAGUAAUAAACGUCGCUUAAUUGAUGAUCCCUCAAAUUUUGCUAAUCGCCGUCAUUCAAGUGCUCAUUCUAUGCUAAUGCAAGCACAUGUCAAUGGAUCGCACUCGAACUUAGCUCACGCUUACCAUCAUUCAUCUGGAUAUGCUCACAGUCCGAGCCAAAGUCAAAGCGGGAAUGUCCUGCCUGCAUAUCAUGGAUCUCCAUUAAUGUCAGGAUCUAUUGGUUCAAGAAACGAUUCAGUAUCGCAUCUUGAGUUGACCAAUAAUAGUAACAACAACAGCGGUAAUGUACCUGGCGUUAUCAACAAUACAACUAGGGGUAUCACAUCGUCUCCCAACACCACCACCAAUAGCUUACCAUCAAGACGUUCAAGUUCAAUUGUAUCUGAUAUGGCUCAUUCUUCAUCAUUUGGCAAUAAGAAUAGUAUGGACCAUUAUAAUAAUGCCACGCAUAGGCGAAACUUGUCCCAGAAUUCGUCAUUCAAUUCACCAUUACUUACUCCAUCAACUCGCUUUUCUAUUUCCUCAACAAAUUCAUUAAUGAAUCAUCCAUUAACGGCAACUACCUCGCCCGUUCACAAACACCAUGAUUUCUAUGCCAAGAGUAACAGAAGUGCUAGUGUUUCCGUAAGUAAUGAUGUUGUUCACGAAGAAGGAGAGGGUGGCAGAGCUGGUGAUGAUGUUAAAAUGAGUGAUGCAGAAAACGAAGGCGAUAAUAAGGAUAUGGGAGGGGAUGAUACAACGCCUAAAUUUUCCAAUGCUCAUCAUACUAGUAAUGGUGCGUUUUCUGAUUCCAAGUCGCCUGAAUCAGAUAGGAAAAUGUCAGUAGCUGCGUUACUUGAUUAA